AUUAAAUAACCGAUAAUUUAAAUGACUGUUGAAUCCUUAAUGUAUUGGUGUGUUACUGGGUCUGACCUGCUUUAGUCGCUGCUGAUUAUUCGUUCGGUAUUCAGAUUAGAUUGUCCAAUGAGAUUCUUAUAAAUUUACAAACCGUCGACGCGCAACAUGGUUACAGUGUUAAAAUUUGGAAAAUUAACGGGGCAUUUCAGAUAUUUGAGCUACGUUCACAACCAUGGCAGUGAACCACUCCGAUCGCUCACACUCGGCCAACUUCUGGAACAAACAGCCAAGAAAUACGGCAGCCGAACAGCUUUGAUCUGCCGAUCAGAAAACCAGAAACUCACAUUCCAAGAGGUGCUAGAUCAGGCCGAUCGGCUGGCCGCCGGAUUUACAGCCUUGGGGUUGAAGCCAGGCGAUCGUCUGGGGGUUUGGGCUCCAAACGUAGCCGAAUGGUACUUAACUCACAUGGCGAGUGCUCGUGGAGGGUUUGUGCUGGUGAACAUUAAUCCCGCCUAUCAGCCACGGGAGUUGGAAUCGUGCGUCAACCUCGUGGGAGUGAAAGCGCUCGUUUGUAUGAGCCAGACGAAGAACCAUGACUAUUAUGGAAACUUGGUGAGUUUGUGCCCGGAGAUGUUGCAAAGCCGCCCGGGAAAACUCAGAUCCAAGGCAAUGCCUACAUUGGAAAACAUCGUCAUAGCAGGAGGCACUAAUCUAAGGGGAACUUUGAACUACCACGAUGUUCUAAACAUGGCUACGGAAGCCCAAGUAGACAAAGUACGAAAGUUGCAAGGUUCCAUUGACCCUGACCAGCUGUGCCACCUGCAGUUUACUUCAGGCACCACCGGCCAACCGAAGGCGCCAAUGCAAAGCCACUUCCAGAUAGUCAACAAUUCGUACUGCAUAGGAAAACGACACGAACUGGGGCGGAAACACCACAGCAUCUGCAUUAUGGUGCCAUUUUUCCAUGGGAUUGGCACUGUGAUCACCAUAUGCAGCGCUCUUAACUAUGGAAGCACCCUGGUGGUGCCUGCACCGCUGUAUAAUCCAGAAAAGACGCUGGAUGCCAUCAGGGAUGAAAAAUGCUCGGUUAUUAUUGGCACGCCUACUAUGUACGUGGACUUGGUCGACAGACAAAAGGCCAGGAACGAGGACAUUGAUCCAGAAAUUGCGAUCAGUGGAGGAGCCAUCUGCUCUCCGCAUCUCUUCAAGCAAAUGAAGGACGUGCUGAAGCUGAAGAAAGUGAAGUCAGUCUACGGCCUUACUGAAGUCACGGCAGUAGCUUUCCAGUCUCUUUACGACGAUGACGAGCGCCAGGCCACAUCCACUGUGGGCUACGUAGGUGAUCAUUUGGAAGUCAAAGUGAUCAAUGAGGAGGGUCGCAUUGUUCCGAGAGGGUCUCCUGGGGAAUUGUGCAUCAGAGGGUAUUCAACCACGUUGGGUUAUUGGAAGAACGAGGAGAAAACUCAGGAGCUGAUUGGCGCAGAUAAAUGGCUUCGAACAGGGGAUCAAUUUGUACUGGAUGAAAAGGGUUAUGGAAGUGUGGUGGGCAGAAUCAAAGAACUGAUUAUUCGAGGCGGCGAAAACAUUUUUCCUGGCGAGAUCGAAAGCCUACUGAACACCCAUCCUGAAAUUCUGGAAUGUCACGUGGUUGCGGUUCCGCACGAAAGAUUAGGCGAAGAAGUGUGCGCUUGUGUACGCACAAAGUCCGCAGUGGCAUUGACCCUUGAGGAGGUGCAGGCGUUUUGCCAAGGGAAAAUUGCCCAUUUCAAAGUGCCUUCCCGACUGGAAUUGCUGGAAUCGUUUCCCAAAACUGCAUCAGGCAAAAUCCAAAAGUUCAAAUUGGUUGAAACCAUAGUGGCGCAAGCCUGAUUAAAGAUGUAUUGAAGAGA